GUGGACCGUUCCCGAAAGCCGAGCGACCGGUGAGGGAGACGGUCAGCCGGCGGUACUCGAGUAUUGGUGGGAGGGAGUCUGAAAGGAUAUAAAAGGACAACAAAAUGGGGGAGUCAGUCAUCGAGAGACAAUCAGAAGCAUUGUCAUCGACGCCAACAUCACAAUGGCUACCGUCACCAUGACCGUCGAGAGCCCGCCCGUCGCGGUGGGAUCCAACCAGGGCAAGAUUGCGUCCCAGCACCUGGGCUGGCUGCGCCCAACUGCGAGAGACACGCCGCUAGAGGAGAUGAGAGAGAGGCUGCGGCAAGACGGCUACCUCUUUGUCAAGAACCUGAUUCCCCGCAAGGACGUUCUCCGCGUGCGAAAAGACUACUUCCAGCGCUAUGCCCCGACAGGCAUCCUCGAGCCCGGCUCCGACCCCGAGGCGGGCGUCUUCAACGGCGGCGAGGCGGCGUCGGCGCACGGGGGCAUCGGCGCGGGCGAGCUGCCGCCGACGGACCUGCAGGUGCAGACCAUGACGGACGCGCACAAGACGCCCGAGUACCUGGCCUUCCUCGAGCACGCCGACCUGCGCGGCUUCGUGCGUGCGCUCAUGGGCUGGGACCGCGAGGUGCUGCUGCGGCGCACCAUGCUGCGGCACAACGUCCCCGGCGGGCUGAGCACGGCGGUGCACUACGACAAGCUGUUUUUGCGCGGGGGGGAGGCGUAUUUUCUGACGGCCUGGGUGCCUAUAGGCGACAUCUCGCAGACAGGCGGCGGGCUCAUGUACCUCUCCGACUCGACCUCGCUCGGCCGCUCCAUCGAAGACGACUUCACGCAACGCGCGGCGCAGCUCACGCCCGAGGAGCGCGUCAGCGCCUUCAACGUCAACAUGGAAAAGUACGGGCAGCUGUCGCAGAACGCGGCCGAGUUUGGAGACGCGCAUCGGAUCCACCGCGUCCACCGCCGCCACGAAGACGAUGACGGCAGCGGCAGCGGUGAUCUGCGGCGCUGGCUGGUGGCCGACUACGAAGCGGGCGACGUCGUGUUCCACGACCCCUACAUGAUCCACACGAGCACGAGGAACGAGGACGCGGCGCGGCGCAUCAGGCUGAGCACGGACCUGCGCUUCUAUCGCGAGGGUAGCGACCUGGAUGCGCGGUGGAUGAAGUUUUGGACACCUGGUGACGGGCUGUGAGGGGGGAAAAAGGGG